CGUUAUUUAAAAAUAUAUUUGCUAAUAUUCGAGACUGUGAUAUGAUUGGGUUAAGCGAUCUAGGGGAAGAUGUCAUUGUAUGGAAUAUUGCUCCAUAUUUAGAAGCUUCGGAUAUUUUUUCUUUAUCACUUACAUCAAAGCAAUUCCGCAGUAUAUUGACCACAAAUGAAACUUACCAUUUAUUGUAUCGAAAGAAAUUUAGUUCAAAUCCAGCUCCAUUAUCAGUAUCAAAAUAUCAUUGGGAUCAAUUGUUUGCCCUCAGGGCAUCAACAGAUGCAAAUGUGUACACUUGGGGAUGUAAUACUUGGUGGCGACUUGGGCAUGAUAAUAGUGGAGAAUCCUCAAGUAUGCAACAUUCCAGCUUUAUUGGACAAUCCGUACCAAGAUUAUUGAAGGCAUUUAAUAACUCCAUUGUGACAGAUAUAAGUUCGGGUGGCUUUUCCUUUCAAUUCUUGACAAAUAAUGGGGAUUUGUAUUGGAGUGGUCAAAGGUGGCACAUGGAUUCCUUAUCUCCACCAGCUCCAAAGGGAAAAGAUUACGAACCUCCUAUAACAUCAAGGAAUAACAUUAGACACCAUGGGAAUAGAAGAGCAAAUCUUUUCGGUCCUCCUGGAAUACGCCAAAGAGUUGCCCAUGAUACUUUUAUUCCAGUACCUCAAAUACAUUCAGAAACUCCUGUGAACUUGAGAAGACCACCUGAAGAACAAAAUAAUGUAUUGAAUUCAAAUCCACAACCUCCCUUGAUUGAGAAGGAGAAUAGGUAUAUUGGAAAAUUACAAUUGCCUAAGAAUGCAGGGAAGCUUGUAUCAAUCUCCAGUGGAAGGGAACAUAUCAUUGGACUUGAUACGAAUGGGGAUAUUUUCACAUGGGAUUCAGGAUGUCCAGGAACCCUAGGUGUAAGAUUACAAUUUCCCAAUGUACCAAAGUCCACCACGUUUGUAUCGAAAGUAUCUGCUGGUUGGAAUCUUUCAGUGUGUCAUUUUGUUGGAUUUGGACUUGUAGCUUGGUAUGGUAGAGACAAUGUAACUGAACUAUCUUAUAAAGAUGGUUCAAUGAUUGCAAAUGCGCAUUAUGUUGUUAUCCCAGGAACUGCUGGUCAUAUUAUUGAUUUUAUGGCUGGAGAGGAUUACAUUAUUUUUAUCAAGAGUAGCGGUCUUUUGUUUAGAUUUGACAUCGAUGCUCGAGCAUUUUCGGAACAACAUGAAGAAAGGUUAAAUGUUGAUCAUCCGUAUCAAGUAUUAGGAUUCAAUCGCUGGUUGGCAAGACAUAAUGAGGAAUUGGUCAUUCAUGGAGCCAAAUUCAGUAAGAUCACUGGCUGUUACAAUAAUGUUGCGGUGUUUACAGAUGAUAGUAUGGUUUUAAUUGGCCAUAGAGGUUUAUUUGACUCUGAAUCUGAACCAGAAAUAAUUCCAGAAUUACAAAAGAGAAAUAUCCGACAUGUUGUUAUGGGUGAUUAUCAUUAUUUGGCUCUUACGGAUGAGGGAGAUUUACUAGCGUGGGGACGUGAGUCCCAACGUUGUGGCUGCUUGGGUGUUGGACCGCUUGGAACAGAUGAAGUUGUAUCUGUCCCACGUCUUGUCGAACCACCACGUCCCAAUGGCCGUUGGUUGGCUGUUACCGCUGCAGGUUGGCAUUCUGGUGGAAUUUUCAUUGAAGUCGAUGAAAAUAAGUAGUUUUAUUUGAUUUUAGAACUUUAAAAUACUCUACAUAUAUAUUAAGGACGAACAACGGUAAAUGGAUUACAAAAUAGCUUUACAAAUGUACAUGAUAUAAAGACAUGCCCAUUGAUUUUAUAAUUUUAAAAAGAAGCUCGGGUUUUGCCGACUAUCAUACGAUUUGGAAUUAAAAGCCUUGAGUUCCGUCUGUGCAUCGGACCAAACGGAUCUAACACAGUAUCAUCGCGAGGUUCUAAAUAGUUGCAAAGCAGGGUACAGAAGAUUUGAUAAAUUUUUGAAUUCAAAAAUUAUCUAAUUUGUUAUCAUAGACUUACACUUCCAUAAGAAUGUGGCCUAAUCGGCCGAAAUAGUGUAAGUCGUCACCCACUUACC